UGUUGACCCAGGGUGUUAUCUAAAGCCUGCAGGACAUCGGCUCUCGAGGCCUGGAGUUGGCCACCCCUGGCCUGUUAGAUUAUUUUUGAUUAAAUUAUUAAAUACCCCCUUUUGAAUUUUUAGCAGUUAAUUUUUAACAAUCAACUGGUGGUAAUCCAUCGUCAGAACUGAUGAAUCGUGGUGUUGAUGGAGACUCUACAGGGGGAUACACUGGUUCCUCAAGCUCCUGAAGCCAAAGCCAGCCAGCCUGAGGCGAAAGAACAAACACCCCCAGCCGAUACACCAGCCAAGGAAGAGCCACCCGCUGCCACUGCCGUCUCGGCACCCUCGGAGCCUGAGCCCACGCCUUCCUCAUUUCCUGAUGACACUUCGCUGAAGAACCACGAGCCUCAUCUGGGACCCAAGCCUCGCACCCACAACAGGGUCCUCAACCCUCCUGGAGGAAAGUCUAGUGUGGUGUUCUACUGAUCUGCUGAGCGUGCCACCUCUCCCAGUUUGUGUCCAUUAACCUCUUUGUCUGCUCCCCUGUUAAUCUUCUCUCAUUCCUACACUGCUUUUUUGAUGGUCAUGUGAUCUGUACACCUAAAUGCAGCCCAGUUAUUGUUGUUGUUCACACCUGAUGCCUGGGCUCAUAAGUUGUCCUCAACAUCUUGCAUUUUCAUCCCCCGUUUCUGACUCCCUCCCGUCUGUCUUCUCCUUGAAAUUCUUCUAUAAUGAAACCUGCAUUCAUUACAAUCACCGAUGAGUCAGCUGAAUGGCUAGCUUAUCACUUUAACUGUAACACUGUUCAGUCUCAACUUUGCAGUUACCGUUUUCAUCAUUUAUGUUACAAGCAUUUGUAAGUGCAAUUUGUUUGGAGGCAGAAUCGUCUGAUUUUUGCGUGUGUGAGAACAUUAAACAUUAAACCGUUCUUGAGAUGCAGAAAUGUUCUGCAUCUCAAGAACGGUUUAGAGUUUGGACUACUUGCACAAUUUUCCGCUUUAAACUGAGCUGCAAUUUGGUUUGGCUAAAAACUUCACAGUAGACAUUUGCCCAAAUUUCUGGGAGCUUUCUGGGGUCAACACAGCUUCUCAUCAGUUUAAUAUAUGAAGUGCCAGAUCUUUAUUGCAUGUCCACUUAAUUUCAGAAUUUAAGAAACAAUCCAUCAGCUUGGCAUCCUUUCAUCUCUCUAGCCUUUUAGUUAAUUAUGCCUUACUAAAAACGUGUACAACAGAGAGCACAAUCUGUGAUUAGGAAUUGAAACAGCUGUUUACUCCCCAGAUGUUUCUGUGUCCUCAAAGAAAUUCCAUUUUGAUUUAUGUGAAUGUAUUGUGCAGGUACUUUCUCUGCUUUGCCCUCACUGCUUGCUUUAUCUGAGAACAUCUGCCUUCUUUUAGCUUCAGGUAGGCCUCAGUUUAUGUUUUAAAUUAAAAUGCUUGAAGACAAAGUGAACUCUGGACAAGCGUGCGGCCUACCUGAUGUCCAGGUGGGCUGGAUGAUAAUCACAUUUUCACACUCCUCUCGGGGCACAUCCGUGGUGUUCUGGUGCCAGCCUGUCCCCUCCGUUUUUUGUGGGGGUUUUUUGUUUGUUUUUUUUCCCCCCACAUACAAAAAUGGCCGCUUCUGCCUGGAGGGAGUUUUUUAUUUUUGCUUUGCAGCCACACAGGAUCUGUAUGGAAGUUUUAAACAUUUCUAUUUUAGGCAAUUUUAUUUUAUAAUAUUUUAGAUGACAGCACAUAAAACUGUGUGUGUGUGUGUGUGUGUGUAAAAACAGAUGUUCAGAGGUCUUGCUUCAUGGUAUCGAGCAGCCCACACAAAACAGGGUCUUUAUGUUUUAAUGUAAGUGCUGAUGUAAACCACAAUGUUCAGCAAACAUCUAUCAGGUCAUUGGACUUGUUAAAAAAAACAUGAGGAGCAAUAACUCCAUGACUGCUCUUCUUCUAUGUGGGAUAUAUUAAAAACUGACAAGCUGUUUGAACAUAUGAUGUGAAAUCAAUUAAUCUGCUGGAUUUGCUAAAAGUUAAAAUAUUUAUACUGCUUUGGCUAAUGGGUUUUGCACAUUACUCUUAACUUAUUAAGUGGCUAUUAGUGAGGGUCAUAAUAAUCAAUUCAACUGAGUAAUGGGCUGACUAAGUCUAUUUCCAAACUAAGAGAAAAAGUCAGUGAACAUAUCCGUAGGUUUAGGUGUAGGUUUAAUCCAUUUCUGAGAAAACUGAAGAGCAGAAGUGACAUUGUGUCUUCUUACUUGGAUUUAUCCAAAUUCAUGUAAGUUUCAGUCUGUUCAGCCUGUUUUUGUGUAGCACCAAGCAGUAGACCUAAACCUGGAUGUGCUUCUGGGUUCUACCUCUAAUGAAAACGGAUGAGUGUAAAAUGCAACCAUUGUUUGUUG